AUGUCUGACAAGCGUGAAUCGGAUGAACAACAUGAAGAUAACAACCUUCAAGACAUGCAAACCGAACUCGGGUUCUCUAAUAUGACAUUGGCACAUUCAGGAAUGGAAGAAGUUGUAGAUCAAUUACUACCUGUCGCACCUGAUGGUGGAUAUGGUUGGGUUAUCGUAUUCGCUGCCUUUAUGUCAAACUUAAUUGUUGACGGUAUUUGUAAUGCUUUCGGUGAAUUAAAAGGUGCAUUCAAAGAAAGAUUCAAGGCAAAUGAUGCUGUUACUGCACUUAUUGGAUCUCUUUUAAUUGGAGUUUAUUUGCUUGUUGGUCCAUUAGUUGGUGGUCUUGUAAACAAAUAUGGUGCACGAAAAACUGUUAUCUUGGGAUCAUUCAUUGGUGGAGCUGGACUUCUGUUAUCUGCUGCUGCUCCUAACAUUACUGUAUUCCUUCUUCUCUAUGGAGUUGUUGGAGGAAUCGGUUUUGGUAUGAUCUAUCUGCCAGCUAUUGUUAUUGUCGGAUUCUACUUCGAAAGCAAGAGAGCUGUAGCUACUGGUAUUGCUGUUGCUGGAUCUGGAGUUGGAACUAUACUCAUUCCAGUGUUAUCAGAAUAUUGUUUGAAAGAGUUUGGAUUGGUCAAGACUCUUUUCGUACUUGCAUGCUUAUUAUUCUCCUGCGUAUUCUAUGGUGUUCUCUAUAAACCACUCACCACUCCAGCUCAACCUGAGAAAGAUGUUGAAUUGAAUUUGUUGAAAAAUGAAGAAAAAGAUUACGAGGGAAGAAAGGACGGAAGCAACCCACACUCGCCCACUGGUGAUAACCAUGAAGGAAGAAAUAGCAUUCGAUUAGGCGCCUUAUCUUCAUCUGCAUUGAACACAUCAAAGUCUAACCUUGAUGGAAACUCAAUGAGCCGUGUGUCGGCAAAGAAUCUGGCUCAAUCAAUGAACCUUUUGAAUCAAGUACAAGGAUCAAACAUGAGCCUCGCCUUGAGCGGAGUAGACGCAACCGAAUUCUCCCGCCCACUCAAUCGUUCUGACAUCUUCUACAGCGGAUCAAUUAAAAAUUUGAAGGAGUUCAAACAAGAAGGAUCUAACCUUCAACAAUACAGAGCUUCAGUGCUAUCUAUUCCAAAAGCAUCACUUGCAGCUAAUUUAGGAAGUGGAGAUUUACAUGAAGGAGCAAAGCUUGCUGAAUCUCAUUUGUCAGGCUUGUGUCAUAUUGAGAGAGAUAACGACAAAUGCAAAUGCCUUCCAUUAACUGUCCGAAAUGCAUUUAACGAGAUGAUUGAUUUGGAAAUGUUGAAAGACCCCGUCAUGAUUUGCUUGUGCUUAUCAAAUCUUUUGGGAAUGAUGGGAUUCUAUAUUCCAAUUUUGUUCAUGAAGGAUUUGGCAUUAGCUUCUGAUGUUCCAGCAGAUCUCACAAAAUAUUUAAUUCCAUGCUUUGGAGUUACAAACACAGUUGGAAGGGUUGUUUUCGGAUGGGUUGCUGAUCGUGGUUAUAUGACUGCCUUGAAUAUUAAUAAUUUAUCUCUUUUGUCAUGUGGAGUUUUGACCAUCAUCAGCACUUUCUUGAAUGGUUUCGAGCAAUUAUUGGUCUACUGCGCUGUGUUCGGAUUCAUAAUAUCUGCAUAUAUCAGUUUGACAUCAAUUGUUUUGACUGAUCUCUUAGGAUUAGAGAAGUUGACAAACUCCUUCGGUAUUUUGGUUGUUGCUAGGGGUGUUGCUUCACUCGCUGGAGCUCCUUUCGCUGGAGUCGUCUAUGAAAUGACAAACUCAUACCCUGCUGCAUUCGUUUUCGCUGGUGUGCUGAUUAUCUUAUCCGGUCUUAUUUCUUGCUUAGUUCCUUGUGUAACGAAGACGAAGCAAAGCAAAGAAAUUGUUAAAGGAAGAAAGCAAAAACAUGAUGAUAGUUUGUCGGGAAAAUUAUCGGUUGUUUCUGAAUGUUCGGAAGAAGAACAUCAGCGAACAAUUCAAAGUUUACGACAACAAAAUAUGAUCAAUCAAGGUAUAUUGUAG